AAGUGUCUCAGCAACACACACAGAUUGACAAACAGAACAAAUCUGCUAUUUUUGUGUGCGCAUGUACUGAUUACAAUUUUGAAAGUUUUUCCCCCAUGAGGAGUUCCGAAAUUUCCCACAGCACUCUAACUACCCGCUCUGUGCGCUCGGCUUAAUUAACAGUUUUUUCAGGUUGCUUUGUGUGUGGAUACCGACUGAUAUACUUCUGCAAACUGCUCAAAAAAAAGAAGAGAAAGCGAGGCCCACAUUGACAGCUCAGCUCUUAGAUCAGUGCAUCCUUGUAAGAAAAGGGCGUCCAAAAUGCUUCAUAGCCACAGCUCUUGUGUCAGAUUUGAGUUAGCCAGUGCUAGCUAGUUCUAGUUUGAGCGGCGGUCAGCGCAUGGCUACGCAGAAACCAGUUCUGACUCUCUCCCACGCAGACUCUUUGACAUGGGGAGUAAAAUGUCCUUCAGCAGAGGAAGCAGUGACCAAAAUACAGUCUCUGAGUUAACUUCUGUGGCACCUCAACCUCGCAGUUCCAAUCAUGCCUCUUCGGACUGCAAGCAGAUACCCGAAGGUAAGACAUGCAGUGAGGGAGACGUGGACUCCAGGCGGGGAGACAAAAUGAAAGGGACGGCGUUGAAACGGCCUGGGAGCAGGGAGUCUGAUGUUCAUGUCAGCUCUGAAAGAGUCACCGAGAGAGACUGUCAGCGCAGUGAGGCAGUGCCCUCGCAGGCAGAGGUGGAAGCAGAAUCUCAAAUGACUCCUGCCAGCGUGUGCAGCUCUACAACAGACAGCCAAGGGAAGCCCGUGAACAUCCACAGGAAACGUGGGAGACCCCGUAAAAUCAAACCAGCCCCGACUGAAGACAAAAGACGUCCAGAUUCUGCAGAUGCUGUUCAGCAUAAGGAAGUUAGCACCACCAUACCUUUGCCAGCAUGUGUAGAAAACCACAACAGUGAUGAUUUGCCUAACGCUGUGGAUAGUAAAUUAAUAAAUAGUGCGGCUCAUAAUGAGAUGCCUGCUCCUCAGCCUGUGCUGGAUAACAGUGUACAAGUCGCUGUUCCUUUGCUGCCAAAAAGAAGACCAGGAAGGCCAAGAAAAUCAGAAAUGGCAGCUUUUCAAAACCAGGUUUCUAUGGCUGCUCCUGCUCCUGCUCCUAAUGCUGAUAAUAUUAGCAGUCCUGCACGAAGACUGAGGAGUAGAGUGGAGCAACCUACUUUGAUGCAGGAUGAUACGUUGGAAUCUCAUAGCAAGAAGGACAAGGAGGAGCUAAAACAAACUGGAGCGGGGACUACAGAAAGUAAUUGUACAUCCAACUCUAAAGGUGUGAAGAGACGAAGGACUAAGUUGCAAAUUGAUCAGCAACUUCCAGCAAAAGUGUCCAAGCUGGAUCAGUCCCAGGAGGCUUUGCUGGCGUUGAGCACUGACAUAGACUGCGGGAAAAGCAGAGAGACAGAAAAACAGGUGGACACUGACAAACAUGAGACGGAUUCAGAUGUGAGGGAUGAUCAGCUCCCACUGCAUUCUGGGGAAGGAGAAGAGCAGGAGAAGCAACAAGACAAAACUGCAUUACCAAAAGCAGAGGUGAAUUCCCAGCCUGAGCCUGAAGUUAUUCCUUCAGACAGCUUGAAAGAAUCUGAUUUACCAAACCCAACACAGACUGAUAACCUUAAAGUAAAUCAGUCAUUGGACAUAAAUGGCAGCAAGGAGUCACCAUCAGAAACACCAGACUUCUCAGAGUCUCCAGCAGAUGCAGAGCUGCCAAAGGCAAAUCCCUCUAGCACAGAUACAAUGACUCCCUCUAAGCAAACGCGGACAUCUGUUGGGACCCCGUUUGCUGUCAAAGCUGAGAAUGUAGAGCUAGAGCUGGAGCAUUUAAAACCUGCACCCAGGUCAAAUAGCCCCAAUUCUUCCCAGCACAGCACUACUCCCAUAGUUAAAUCUGAGGUUCCAAAUGUUGUUUUUCGACGCAAGAGAGGUGGUAAGAGGAGGAGGAUGGUAAACAAGGUUUUAUUACCAAGAGAGCAUCUUGUAGAGAACCAUGAAGCGGGUGGUGACACCCAACCAAAAACAAACUGCGGUGAUGAGGAAAAGGAAGCUAACGCCAGUGUUGGCGAAAAUGUCAUCUAUACUAAAAGGGGGGGUAAAACCCUGUUGAAAUGUGGUUACUGUGGUCGUACUUUUAAGUUUCUGUCUCAGUUCGUCAUCCAUCAGCGCAUUCAUACAGGAGAGAGGCCGUUCAAGUGUUCAGAGUGUGGCAAGGGUUUUAGCAAAAACUCUAACUUAAAUCUUCAUCUCAAGACCCACAGAAAGAGCAACAUAUAUCAGAAGUGCCCAUAUUGCAAGAUUAAAUUCUCUUGCUCUGAGUACGCUGCGCAUAUGGAAACGCACGCACACGAGCUGAACGAGGAGUGUAAGAACAGCAAGGCUGAGGAACAGAGCAGAGAGCCAGCAGAGGAAAGCAGCAAGGAACUGCAAAGAGCAGUGGAAAAAAGAGAGAAAAAAGUCUGCCAGUACUGUGGCAAAUCAUUCCCAUUUCAGUCGGCGCUCAUAAGACACGUCCGAGUCCACACAGGAGAGAAGCCUUAUAAGUGCGACAUCUGCGGCAAAGCUUUCGGGCAGGCCUAUUUCCUCCGUGUUCACGAGCUGACGCAUUGGUCUGUGAAGCGUUACAACUGCACCCAUUGUGAAAAAUCAUUUACUCACUACAGCAAUGCAAAAAAUCACUCAUGUAGACCGUUGGGAAGCGAUGGCAACGCGCAAGCACACAGACGCCCAAAGCCUUCGCUAACGUACACAUGCCACAUCUGCAAGAAUGUUUUUGACCAUUUGCAGGUGUUCAACAGCCACAUGCGAGAGCACACAGGCGCAAAGCUUUAUCGCUGCUUGUACUGCGACAAGCUGUUCGGUGUGCUGUCUGAAUUCAACGCCCAUCGCGGUCAGUGCAGCGUGGAAAAAAAUGCCUCUAGCUCUGCGAUUAAGGAGGAGGAGACGGUGUCGUUAAUUCAGUACACAGUGCCUGCGCUCAGGUGCUCAUCGGCGCACAAUUCAGGUCUUGUGGCAGCUCCCAGCUGUGAAACGCAGAAGAAACAGCCACAGGUCAUCCGCAAGAAACGCUCCAACAACUUGAAAAAGCCAUUCCAGUCCACGGUCAUACCAGCUCACAGUCUCUCACACCUAGUGUCAAAGUUAAACAAAGUAGACAACAGAUCAGAUCCCAGGAGAUAUCUGUGCCCAAACUGUGGGCGACUCUUCAGACACAUGGGCAGGCUCAGAGCCCACAUGCUCACACACGCCCCAGGUCAAAGCUACACCUGUGCCUGCUGUGGUAAAACACUAGGAAGCUGGAAAAAGCUGUGGCACCAUCAGAGAAUUCAUCGUCACAGGCAUGGCCGCUUCACCUGUCCUCAAUGCGGGCAAGGUUUUCGUUUUGUAGAGCCUUACAAAAAACACAUGAGUGAGCACCCAGAGUUCCAGUGGGUUCAAGUCAGGCCCAAGAAAGUGUUUCUGCCUUAUCAAUGCGAGCGCUGCAGGUGCAGCUUUAAAACUCUAGACAUGCUCUUUAGUCACCAGCUCUGCCAUUCCUCAACGCAAGAUGUACGCAAAGACUCUGAUUUUGAUUUGUCCGUAGAUGAUCGCAAUGCACCAUCAAACACGAAAACGCUAAACCCUCCCACCAAUAACGGCAUAGAAACAUUACGCCAAGCUUCUGAGGAAAUUAACUCUCUCUCAGAUCCCUUAUCUAAAUAUCCAGACCCAGUUUUUCAUGAAUCAACUGUGACUUCCUGUGUUCAAAGCCAGGAUGCUGAUUUGGGUAAUUCUUCUGAGCAUCCCAGCAGGACAAAUGUAGUCCAAGAAAAAGAGGUCAGUUGUGACAGUGUACGUAGAAAUGGACUUGGAAAACCCAUUACCCCUUUAAGAACUGUGAAGAAACACGUGACUCAGAAUGCCAGCAUGUCAAAUGAAAAGCCUUCAGAUGGUGUGAGCUGUGCUGUGUGUGGAAGUUCCUACGCAGCCAUUUCAGACCUUUAUCAGCAUUAUUUGCAGCAUGCUAGAGGCCAGGUGUAAUGAUUUUAAAUCAAAAUACAUUUCGAUGGGCAUCGAUGUUCUGUGCCCAUCAAGUUUUUCCUCUCUGGGGUCCUUGUAAUCCUGUAUUAAGCUACAUUUCCACACAAAUGUCCCAGGAAAUUUCAAGGCACAAAAAGCUUUCUUCAGACUGUUGGUCGUCUGCAUUUCCACCAUGGUUUAUAGAGCUGUGAAGAUUAGGCAAAUUAGGCAUGCCACUAUAUAGCAGAUCACUACUUCAGCAUAGAGCACACUAAAAUGUUGAUGUCGUAAUGUGAAAUGAGGGAGGUGAGCCCGCAAUUCUUUGCCAGUAAAGAGACACGCAGUCAUCACAAAGUUGAUUCAAAAUGUUAGAUUGAGCAGAUUUUGUGAGCUAUUGCAGCAUAUUGUGAUGUGAGUGAGACGUACAGUAGUAGACAUGAACCGAAGCCCUAUUCACAGUAAUACCCCUUAGAAGGGAUGUUUUGUUAGGUAAAAUAUUUCCUCAAAACUCUAAAGUAUCACCUGGUCCCUGGAAAACAUCCUGAUUUACUCCGCAGGUUCCUUAUUCUUUGGGAAACCUGUGGUGGAAAUUCAGCUUUAGAUAAAUCCCCAAAAGUUGAUUAUGUUUAUCUGGACGUAGAGCUUUCAGUGGGGGAAACGUUUCAUCACUAAUCCAAGCGACCGCUUCGGUCUCAGCUCAACGCAGGUUUUGUUGGGUUCAUUUCAUGAGAGAGAAGACAAAUAUGCAAAGUGCAUUUUCUUAAGUUUAUUAAGCAGUUAAAGGUUCAAGUUAAAAACGCAAAUGCAAAUUUACUGUUUAAUAUGUCGGGGGAAACCUGCAGUCAGCUGAGACUGAAGAAGUCACUUGGGAAGUCACAUUAUUAAAGCUUUGUGUCUGUUUAGCUGCUAUUUUAAGUCAAAUGGCUGCUGUGAAAUAGGCCUGUUGGAUAAAUGUUUAUGGUUUUAGAAAUUUUACUUGAUGUAAAAUUUCUAAAAUCAGUGGUCCUUGGAUGGAUUUUGUUUUGCUUUUGAGCACAAUAUUCACUGAAAUCCUUUGAACCAUCAUAUUCUUGCUGCCCUACGUCUUUCUAAUUUUUACAAAUUGGAAAAAAUACACUGCAGUGUGUGUGGGACAAAGUACUGCUACCACUAAUGAGGCGUAGAUGGACUGACUAGCAAGUAAAUACAACACAUUGGACAUUGACAAUGUAGGUUCAGUAUUAAAAUCUACUUCAUGCAGAUGUUUUCUUGGCUGUUACAGUGUACCGAUUACAAAUUUGUUUUGGUCCACAACAAUAACGUGUUCUGCCUUUUUAUAUUUACAUUUUAAGAGUGACUAUCAGUUUUACUCAUGUAUCAUUUUGUGAAUCUGUGAUAAACUGAAUUAUUGCAAGAUUUUUCAAUAAAUACUGACAAACACACAUUCCA